CCGAGAGCUGAGACAAUCUGAGCGCGCGAGAGAGAGCAGUAUGGCGACAAGCCAUGGGGAGGUUCCCGGCGAGCCAACCAAGACGGUCACCUCCCUGGUGGAGACGGCCGCCGCCACCAUUCAAGGCUUCCCCCCCAUCAGCAAAAUCCACCAGCACUUAUGCGCCUUCCAUUUCUACGCCGACGACAUGACGCGGCAGGUGGAGGCGCACCACUUCUGCUCGCACCAGACCGAGGAGAUGCAGCAGUGCCUGAUCUACGACGGGCCGAGCGCGGAGGCGCGGCUGAUCGGCGUGGAGUACAUCGUUGAGGAGGGGCAGUUCCUGGCUUUGCCUGACGAGGAGAAGCCGCUGUGGCACUCGCACGAGUACGAGGUGAAGAGCGGGGUGCUCUUCAUGCCGGGCGUACCGGGCGCCGUGGAGCGGCGGAACCUCGAGAAGCUGAGCAAAACUUACGGCAAGACCAUCCACUUCUGGCAGGUGGACCUCGGGGACGCGCUGCCCCUCGGCCUACCCAACCUCAUGAUGGCCCUCACCAGGGACGGCCAGUUGGAUGAUAAACUGGCUCAAGAUGUAGAAAAUCGGUACGGGGUUUCUUUCACAAAAGAGAGGGAUAAUAGGGCAUACAUGAGUGGUCCUGAUCAUGGAAUCCACCCUUUAGCCAAUGCGAAUGGAAAGGGGCUGAAAAUGGAACUGAGCCAAAUAAAUCUUCCAGCGCUAAAUUUUGUACCAAGAGUUUUUGUUUGAUAUGAAGGUGUUAUUGAACUGGUUCAUUAAUGGUAUGGAUGGUAGUUAUCUUUACGUUGGACAAAAUAUUAGAUAUGUUGGUCAAGAAUAGUCGAUGUGGUUUUUAGUUUGUUGUAUGUAAUGUAGUAAUUAUAAGAAUAACCAUGUGAAAGAUACUUAAUUUUGUAUUUUUUGUUUGUUUGA